CUCCAUCUUCUCCGGUCUGCUUUCUUCGGAAGCUUCCCGUUCUCCGCGGUGCACUCUCCGGUGACGCUCACACUGGUUGAUCGGAGUUUUUGGUUCGAAAUGGAGGCGAAGACGGAAAAGGUAAAUGAUGCUCCUGCCGAUUCGCCGACAUCCGUCCUGGAAGACGAGGAAAAAGUUGCCAAGUUGGAAGAGGAAAUGGUUCUUAAUGCGGAAGACGUCAAUUCCUCUCUAAUAUCACGGUCAAUGCUUGAAGAGGAAAAUAUGCUACUACAGGCUCGGUUGAAGGAGGAGACAGAGCAAGAGGAACCAGAAGAGGCACCUCAGUUAAAUGACUCACAGUUUACAAGAUUGGAUGAGCUUUUAACUCAAACCCAGUUAUACUCAGAGUUUCUGUUAGAAAAAAUGGAAGACAUAACAUUUAAUGGAGCGGAGCAGGAAACUGUAGCUGUUGAGAAGAAGGGAGGUUGUGGUUCCAAAAGAAAAGCUGCCAAACAAUACAACAAUAAGAGGGCCAAGAGAGCAGUUGCAGCAAUGCUCACAAGGUCUAGAGAGGCUGAGAAAAUUGAAGAUGCAAACCUGACCGAGGAAGAAAGAAUCGAGAAAGAGCAGAAAGAACUUAUACCCUUGUUGACUGGUGGCACAUUGAAGUCUUAUCAACUUAAAGGUGUAAAGUGGUUGAUAUCCUUAUGGCAGAAUGGGUUGAAUGGGAUCCUUGCAGAUCAAAUGGGUCUUGGAAAGACAAUUCAAACAAUUGCAUUUCUUUCACAUCUAAAGGGAAAUGGAAUGGAUGGACCCUAUUUAGUUAUUGCUCCUCUUUCAACCCUCUCUAAUUGGGUGAAUGAGGUUACAAGGUUUGUUCCUUCAAUGAAUGCAAUCAUCUACCAUGGAAGCAAGCAGGAGAAGGAUGAGAUACGUAGGAAGAACAUGCCUAGAGUUAUUGGCCCAAAGUUUCCUGUUGUCAUUACUUCUUAUGAGGUGGCAAUGAGUGAUGCCAGAAGAUUUUUGAGGCAUUAUGACUGGAAAUAUAUAGUGGUUGAUGAGGGGCACAGGUUGAAAAACUCUAAAUGCAAACUUUUGAAGGAAUUGAAGCGCUUGCAUGCAGGCAAUAAGCUUCUUUUAACUGGGACGCCUCUCCAGAAUAAUUUGGCUGAGCUUUGGUCAAUGCUGAAUUUUAUUUUGCCUGAUAUUUUUCAGUCACAUGAAGAAUUUGAGUCAUGGUUUGAUUUGUCUGGAAAGUUAAACAACUUAACAACAAAAGAAUCAGAAGAGAAGAGAAGGGCACAAGUGGUAGCUAAACUGCAUGCUAUAUUACGUCCCUUUCUUCUUAGGAGAAUGAAGGCUGAUGUUGAGCAGAUGCUCCCUCGCAAAAAGGAGAUUAUUCUAUAUGCUAACUUGACUGAGCAUCAGAGAAAUUUUCAGGACCAUUUAGUUAAUAAAACACUGGAAGACUAUCUAAGGGAGAAAGUUGACACAGGACGUGGCAUUAAGGGGAAGCUAAAUAAUUUGAUGGUUCAACUUCGGAAGAAUUGCAACCAUCCUGACCUCUUACAAUCAGCCUUUGAUGGCUCAAGUUCCUAUCCCCCUGUGGAGCAAAUAAUUGAACAGUGUGGAAAGUUCUGUUUGCUUGACAAAUUAUUGGCUCGGUUAUUUGAUCGUAAGCAUAAGGUUCUGAUAUUCUCACAGUGGACAAAGAUUCUGGAUAUAAUGGACUAUUAUUUUAGUGAAAAGGGAUUUGAAGUUUGCAGGAUCGAUGGCAGUGUGAAACUAGAUGAAAGGAAAAGACAGAUCCAGGAGUUCAAUGAUAUCAACAGCAACUAUCGAAUAUUUCUCCUGAGCACUAGGGCUGGUGGCUUGGGUAUCAACCUCACAGCAGCUGAUACCUGUAUACUGUAUGAUAGCGACUGGAAUCCUCAAAUGGAUUUGCAAGCCAUGGAUAGAUGUCAUAGGAUUGGGCAAACUAAGCCUGUUCAUGUUUACAGACUUGCAACAGCUCAAUCUGUUGAGUGCCGAAUUUUGAAAAGAGCUUUCAGCAAGUUGAAGCUUGAGCAUGUGGUGAUUGGGAAGGGGCAGUUUCAUCAAGAAAGAAAACCUAGUACUGACACCUUGGAGGAAGAGGAUUUACUAGCAUUGCUGAGAGAUGAAGAAACUGCCGAAGAUAAGAGGAUUCAGACAGAUAUUAGUGAUGAAGAUCUAGAAAGGGUCUUGGAUCGAAGUGACCUAAUUGCUGGUUCAGAUGAUGGAAAUGCUAUUGCAUCCAUCAAUGCAGUCCCUCUCAAAGGUCCUGGUUGGGAGGUGGUGAUACCAACUGGGACUGGAAGUGUGCUUUCCACUCUCAACAGUUAAUGAUGCACUUCUGGGGAUGCAGUGCAGCAUAGGAUGGUCAUGUCUCAACAUAUUGGGGACCUGUGAUUUUUUUUAUCUUUUUGGAGCUUCCCUUGGAGGUUUUAACUUCUGACAUCUGAGCUGAAAAAUGGUCCGAAGCUAAAAGCUCUCUUCCACCCGUAGGGAUGGAUGAAUGAGAUUCGUGAGAACUGACUUUUGUAGAUGUUACGCUGCUUUUGCAUUGCCAGGUCUGUAGUAAUUACUCAUUCCAUCUCGUAUUAAUAGUCUCUUUUUAUUAAAUUAUUACUCAAAUU